AUGGCAACCGCUGAUUUCUUUACUUUUCUCCUCUUCGUCAUUCUGAUGAUCUUCCUUCUAUCAACUCCGUCUCCUCCCCGUAUCUCAAUAUGGCAGAUGGACUGGCUUCACCAUCCGGAUAUCAAUUAUGGGAAAGGGGUAGGGAGGAUUUGCCUUCCUGCGAGAGAUGUCAAACGUUCUGUCGAGAUGGGCAUCCCAAGCACAUCAAAAACACUUGGACGAGAUCAAAGGCUGGGAGAGCUGACCCUGCCACCCAAAAUUCUGCAGCAUAAGCCAGAAGAUGACAGCGAGGGAGAUGCAGGAACAUUUAAUUGA